AUGCCUCCCAAGUACAUGUCUGGAUAUCAAAAGAAGAAAAGAAAGCUGAGAAUAGAAUCAUUAAUUCAAAGUCAAGCUGGAGAUAUCAAUAAGUACUUUACUCCCAAUCUUGUAGAGAGUAAAAAUGUGGUUGAAAAUUUGUUGAAAAACGAAGAGGAUAUGGGAUUAAAUGAUGAUGAUAAAGUGCUUGAACCUGUCAAUAUGGAUGAAAUGGUUAACAAUAAUAAUGAAGAGGUUCUUGAAUCUCUCAUUGUAGAUGAAUCUAAUUUUUUUGAGAAAGAUGAUGAGAAAGUUCAACAUGAAACUUUAAGUCAAGAGACUUGUUCUGAUGAUCCAGGAAAGUGGGAUAAUAUUGAUCAAAAAAUUAGAGACUUUUUGGUGGAGAGAGGUCCAAAGAGAGAUGCUUGGAGGAAAAUGAUAGAAGAUGGCUAUUAUAUAUAUUCAAUUUCUUUGGACAAAAUUUUUUGCUUUUGUUGUAAACUGUUCAAAAAGCAAAAGCACAAGAUUGGUACUCAGUUAGCUAAUGAAGGAUACAACGACUGGCAUAAUUUGAGUCGUUGUCUUACAUCCCAUGAAGCGAGUAAGGAGCAUAUGGAGUGUAUGACUGAUUGGCUUGAAUUAGAAAGAAGGAUAAUUGCUAUUGUGCAAAGACUAGCAAAAAAUAACUUGGCCUUUAGAGGAAGUUGUGAGAAGCUUUAUGUUGAAAACAAUGGUCUCCUUUUGCCAAUGGUUGACAUGAUUGCUGAGUUUGAUCCAAUAAUGAAUGAGCACCUUCGGCGUAUUAAAGACCAUGAAACUUAUACUACAUAUCUCGGUAGCAGAAUUCAAAAUGAAUUGAUAGAAAUGUUGGCAGGCGAGGUAAGAAAGAAAUUACUUGCAAAAGUCAAAAAGGCAAAAUACUUUUCAGUCAUCUUAAAUUGUACUCCAGAUAUUAGUCAUAAGGAGCAAAUGUCUCUUGUCAUAAGGUGUUUGGAUGAGUCAGAAAAUUCAACAAAAGUGAAAGAAUACUGGAUAGAAUUUUUAGAGGUGGAUGACACUUCUGGGCUUGGACUUUUUACGCAUCUUAAGGAUGCUUUAAUCCAUCUUGAGCUUGAUAUUGAUGAUAUACGAGGUCAAGGAUAUGACAACGGAUCUAACAUGAAAGGGAAACAUAAAGGUGUACAAAGAAGGUUGCUUGAAAUAAAUCUCAGAGCCUUUUAUACUCCUUGUGGUUGUCAUAGCCUUAAUUUGGCAUUAUGUGAUAUGGUGAACUGUUGUCCUCAAGCUAUGUCAUUUUUUGGAGUAAUACAACGCAUUUAUACAUUAUUCUCCUCUUCUACGAAGAGAUGGAGAAUUUUUAAAGAUCAUGUAAAGGGUUUGACAGUUAAGCCAUUGUCACAAACACGGUGGGAAAGUCAUGUUGAGAGCGUGAAACCUAUAAAAGAACAAACUGCCCAAAUUAGAGAUGCUUUACUUGACUUAACAAAUGAUAUUGAAGAUCCCAAAACAAAAAGUGAAGCAGAGUCCUUGGCAUUAUAUGAACUUGAGAAGUUUGAAUUCUUACUUGGUGUGGUAAUUUGGUAUAAGUUGUUAUUCGCAAUUAACACUGUGAGUAAAUUUCUUCAAUCCGAAAAUAUGGAUAUUGAUGCUGCUAUCAAACUCUUGCAAGGAAUUAUUAUAUUUCUUGAAGAGUAUAGAGAAUCUGGUUUUGAUAAGGCAAUGGUUGAAGCUAAAGAAAUGGCAAGUGAAAUGGGUAUUGAAGCAGUAUUUCGAGAAAAGCGAGUUGUUCGUAGAAAAAAACAAUUUGAUGAAAGUAGUAGUACAGAAAUAGCUUUGUCAGCAGAGGAGUCCUUCAGAGAAAUAUUUGGUUUUCUAUUCAAUGUGGAGAGGUUACAACGUUCUGAUGAUGAAAGAUUGUUGAGGUCUUGCAAGAAUCUUGAAAGUUCUCUUGCACAUAAUGGUUGUUCUGACGUUAAUGGAGAUGAUUUGUUUUUAGAGUUAACAUUUUUAAAGUGCUCUUUACCAGAGGAAUCAAAAUCAGCUAUUGAUGCGAUGUGGCCUCUCCAGAUCGAGAAGCACCGAAAGGUGCUCGACAUCACCAGUGUGCAAAACCAUAUGUAUGACGACGACAACAAAGCAAAUAAAAAAGAGGCGGCCUUGCAUUCAAUACAUCUUUAA